AACGACCCCCGGAUGGACCGACCCCGCGCACUGCCUCAUCCCCGCGUUCAGCGCCAACGUCCCCCGCCGCCGCCAUGCCCAAAAGAAAGGCUGAAGGGGAUACUAAAGGAGAUAAAGGCAAGGUGAAGGACGAGCCACAGAGAAGAUCUGCAAGGUUGUCUGCUAAACCUGCUCCUCCAAAGCCAGAGCCCAAGCCUAAAAAGGCCCCUGCAAAGAAGGGAGAGAAGGUCCUCAAGGGGAAGAAGGAGAAAGCCAAUGCUGGGAAGGAUGCGAAUAAUCCUGCAGAGAACAGAGACACCAAAACAGACCAGGCACAAAAAGCUGAAGGAGCUGGAGAUGCCAAGUGAAAUGUGUGCAUUUUUGAUAACUGUGUACUUCUGGUGACUGUACAGUUUGAAAUACUAUUUUUUAUCAAGUUUUAUAAAAAUGCAGAAUUUUGUUUUA